GUCAAAAGCAACGCAACGCAACCUCACAAGAAUUGAGGAACCACACUCGUGAGUUUGUCGCAACUCUUCCUCGAUGCCCAAAAAACGCACGUCCAACUAUUACACAAAACCGCCAUCAACAGUUCACCCCUCACUCGGUUCUGGAGUCGCAGGACCUUCGAGUUCAAGUCGUAUGUCUUUACCGAUAAUAGUAUUCUUUGAAUGCUUGCAUGCCACGAAAAACCAGCAACUAACCUUCGAUUUCAUCAUUCCACAGACAACGAUGUACAAUCCGUCAAUGAUCUCAUAGCCUCUGCUCGAAGAACCCAUAUCACAUCAUCUAACUACGCCCAUCUCCCUCCAACAUUCUCCUCGCAAACUCUCCCUCCCCAAACCCGACAACUCCUUUCACAGCCAGAAACGCCACCUCCGCGACCACGACAUAGACAACCCGUUCGCCUUGGUAGAAAUGGCAGACCAAUUGCCGGACCUGCGCCACCUCGCAGCUGGCUCCUUGAAGGAUCCAGAUAUGCUGAACCCGAGUCCGAGCUGAGAAAACGACAGCCUGAACGUUUAUACCCAACAUCAAUAGACCAUUUCCCCGGGUUGCCAGAAACAAAACGGGGUCGCAGACUACAGGACAUGUGUUUGCGGACCAUGGCGAGAAACUGGGAGUUUGUCAAGGAGUAUGAGAGGAAUAAUCUUGCAGUUAUACCAACCUCACAUAGGAUGCUCCUGCUGAGCUGCAUUGCUCUCUACGGCCCAGAAGAAGGAGUUGGAUACGACGGAUUAUCGAGUUUGGCAAUUCUUCCCAGUACCGGCGGCGAAGCUGCAGAUGAGACGUAUGAAGAAGUAGGAUUUAAUCCCGGAAUAAAUAAUGAAAUAUUUCAUCGCCUCGAUCUUUCCGGAUCGAUUGGCAGAUCUCUGACUUUUAAACAAUUAAUAGAGUUGGUUGAAAUACCAACAGAACCUCAGGAAGAGUCUGAGGAACAGUUAUCUUGGGAAGACACAAUUGCACGCCCACUUAGUGCAGUGAUCCCUCACUUGACGCACCUUUCACUCUCUCAUCCACCCCGGACGGUUUCAUGGGCCAAACUUCUUGGACUAGCAAAACACAUCCCCGCCCUGACACACCUAUCACUUGCAUACUGGCCCGUACCAACCCUAACCCCCAAUUCCCAAACCGUCAAAGUAUCUUCGAAGUAUACCCGAGAUAUCCAGUAUGGCGCGACGAACAUGUACUCCCACACCAUCGACGAUAACUACCAGGAAGCUGUUGACAUUCUUCGAAGACUCGCCAGAACACUCUACAGCAUCGAAUUCUUGGAUCUAAGCGGUUGUACCGACUGGCUUCGCGCCCUGACAUGGCAUGACGGCAGCGAAAAGGGUCCUGGACUCGAAUGGUGCAAUCUCUGGGUCAAAUUAUCAACACUCCGUCUCUACUCCGGCGUCUUAUUGACCCCCUCCAGCACCAAUAGCGAAGUAGCAUAUUUCAUCAAAGCUUGUAAGCUCCAACUAGAGGUUCAGGAUACGUUAAAUUGGUGGGCGCAUCCCUUUUCCGUGCGGAGGCGAAAGAUCUAUACCCGUGUUGAAAUCGAUGAUCCGAGUUGUUACGACGGCCUCUGGUUUGGGAAGUUGGAUGAGGAGUCUAAAAAGAUCCAUCGGGACUUGAUUUGGUUUAGGGAGAGGGAGAAGAUGGAAGCUCCGGAACAUAUUGUUAUGGGGGCGAUGGAAUCUCAGGAACAUACCCUGGUUAUAUGGGAUUAAGCAUUAAGGAUUAACCCCUUUCUUUUCGAGC